AUGGCUAUUAAAUGUGCUUCCAGUUCGGCCGAGUUCCAUUAUCAGCGGCUCCCAGUGCCUGAGUUAUGGCCAGAUGUCCUCCAGAAAUUCAAGGCCAAUGGCUUCAAUGCCAUCAGCGUCUACUUCUUCUGGUCGUACCACUCCCCAUCCAAGGACGUAUACGAUUUCGAAACGUCUGGCAAGAACCUCCAAUUCCUCUUCGAUGCUGCCAAAGACGCCGGCUUGUGGGUCAUAGCAAGAGCUGGGCCAUACUGCAACGCCGAGACCAAUGGCGGCGGCUACGCUCUCUGGGGCUCAGACGGCAGCUUGGGUAAUCUUCGCACAAGUGACGAGACCUAUCAUCAAGCCUGGCUGCCUUGGGUUGCCAAGGUGGGAAAGAUCAUUAGUGAUAACCAGAUCACCAACGGAGGCUCUGUCAUCCUGAACCAGCUCGAGAAUGAGCUUCAGGAGACAGUCCAUUCUGCUGAUAAUACCGUGGUACUAUACAUGGAACAGCUCAAGACAGCCUUCCGAGACGCCGGUGUUAUUGUUCCAUUCACACACAACGAGAAGGGCAUGCGAUCCCAGUCGUGGUCGACCGACUAUCAAGAUGUUGGAGGCUCCGUCAAUGUUUAUGGUCUUGACAGCUAUCCUGGAGGAUUGUCGUGUACCAAUCCGUCCACCGGCUUCAAUGUUGUCCGAACGUACUUCCAGUGGUUCUCAAACUACUCUUUCACUCAACCCAGCUACGUGCCUGAGUUUGAGGGUGGUUGGUUUUCUGCUUGGGGAUCCACGACAUUCUAUGACCAGUGUACCACCGAGCAUUCGCCGGAGUUCGCGGACGUGUACUACAAGAACAACAUCGGCCAGAGAAUCACACUCCAGAGCAUUUACAUGACAUUUGGCGGCACGAAUUGGGGACACUCUGCUGCUCCUGUCGUAUAUUCCAGUUAUGAUUACAGUGCUCCGCUUCGAGAGACUCGCCAGCAAUGGAACAAAUUGUUCCAGACGAAGCUUGUCAACUUGUUUGCAAGUUCGUCUCCGGACCUGCUCAAGACGUACAUGGUCGGAAAUGGUACCGGAUACCAUGUAUCAUCAACAUCUGUCUGGACCUGGGUGCUGAAGAACCCGGAUACCGGCGCAACCUUCACCGUGACACAGCAAAGCAGCACACCAUCGACGGCGAAUGUGACAUUCUCGGCAACAUUGGACACCAGCGAAGGCAGCAUUACCGUGCCGAAUGUCUCCCUGAACGGACGGCAAAGCAAGAUCCUUGUCACUGAUUAUGUCUUUGGGGACCAUACUCUCCUCUAUUCAUCCGCUGAUGUCGCUACAUAUGCUAUCUUGGACAGUGAUGUGCUUGUGCUUUACCUCAAGGAGGGCCAAGUAGGGGAAUUCGCCUUUAAGGGUGAUGAUGACCUUACAUAUACGGUCCACGGAGAGUCGUCUUUUGCUGAUGCUACAAACGGCACCCAUCAGGUUUUCACCUAUACCCAAAGCCCAGGAACGACUGCCGUCAAGUUCUCCAACGGUGUGUUAGUCUACUUGCUGGAGCAGAGUGCAGCCUGGAGACUUUGGACACCGUCGACCACAUCUUAUCCGUAUCCCCAAGCCGACCAGAAGCUCAUUGUUCUCGGACCUUACCUUGUCAGAAGUGCCAGCAUCAGCCACCAAGUGCUUCACGUCUCUGGCGACAAUGAUGUGUCCACCACAAUCGAGGCCUACGUUGGCUCUGCGACCAUCUCUACAAUUGACUGGAAUGGUGUUCGACUCGCGGCAACUAAGACGGCUUACGGUUCUUACACCGCGACUAUCCUAGGAGCCGAGACGAGGACCAUCUCUCUCCCAUCCCUGGACCGCUGGCAUUCUGCAGACUCCUUACCCGAGUCGCAGCCUAACUACGACGACUCCAGAUGGAUUGUGUGCAAUAAGACAACAACCCUAUCACCGGUAGCUCCGUCGACGCUCCCGGUGCUCUUCAGCUCCAACUACGGCUUCUACUCUGGCCCGAAGGUCUACCGAGGCUACUUCGACGGCACGAAUGCCACGUCCGUCGACAUCACCGCCAGCGGAGGGCUCGCGUUCGGCUGGACAGCCUGGCUCAACGGCGUCCUCAUCGGUGGCGACCCCGGCAACGCCUCCUUGACAACCACCACCGCCGUGCUGGACCUUCCGGCCACGGCACUUAAGACCACGGGCAAUGUGCUCACCGUGCUUGUCGACUACCACGGACACGACGAGACGUCCACCGCCAAGGGCGUUGAGAACCCCCGCGGUCUGCUCGGCGCGCGGCUGCUGCCCGGCGGCACCACGACAGCCACCGGCUUCACGACAUGGAAGAUCCAGGGCAACGCCGGCGGCGACGCCAACAUCGACCCGGUGCGCGGCCCGAUGAACGAGGGCGGCCUGUACGGCGAGCGGCUGGGGUGGCACCUGCCGGGCUUCGACACCGCCUCGUCGCCCGUCAAGUUCGACACCGCGACGCCGCUCACCGGGCUCGCGGCCUCGGGCGUGCGCUUCUACACGACCACUUUCCACCUCAACAUCGACUCGGACCUUGACGUGCCGCUGGGCAUCGAGCUCUCCGCGCCGGCGGGCACCGUGGCGCGCGUCACGAUCUGGGUCAAUGGGUACCAGUACGGCAAAUAUGUCCCGCACAUCGGUCCGCAGACGCGAUUCCCCGUGCCGCCGGGCGUCAUCAACAACCGGGGUUCGAACACGCUUGCGCUGAGCCUGUGGGCACAAACGGACGAAGGCGCGAAGCUCGAUGAUGUGAAGCUGUUCACGUAUGGUCAGUACCAGACCGAUUUCAAGUUCAACAGGGACUGGAGCUAUCUCCAGCCUGGCUGGACGGAUCGCAGCCAGUAUGCUUGA